GUUGCUGCGAGAGAAGACGGACGGCUGUCGUAAAAAAAAACCGCCCUCUUGAAAGAAGUGGGUACAGAAGAAUUUGUUGCUCAGCGAGGGACUACAAUGGAGAGCCCUCAUGAGGAGUCGUCAAUGUCCGAAUCUGAUUCGGUCGAGGACAUGGCACCACCUUCCUUUCGUCAAACUGUAUCAACGACGUGUUCCUUCGUCCACUCGUAUGCUGGUGGAAGCUGGAGAAGCAAUGGCGUGGGAGGAGGAGGAGGAGGUGCUCCACUGCAGAUUGACGUCGGCGCAACAGGGGACAGCUGCGAAGCUGUCCGCAUUCUCGCAGCUGUAGCAUCGACGCCACAGCAACGAGCAAUGGCCGAGGAGCAGCUGUGGCGCGUCGUGAAGAGAAGCGAGGAGGGAUACGAAGCGGCUGCUCUUGCCCUGGGGGAGCUGUACGUCAGUCAGAAGAGGAACUACUUGUUCACCAUCAUCGCGCUGGAGAACGUGGUCUGCAGUGCGCAGGCUGAACACAACCGCAACCGCGCUAUGUAUUUGCUGAGCCAGCUGUACAUCAGAGAUUUAACGAUGUUUCGGGAAAGGGGGACGGGUUUCCUAACGAAGAUGGCCGAAGGCGGAGAUGCCAGCGCCAGCUUCCUGCUCGGGCUUUAUUAUUUGGAAGGAUGGCAUGGCUUCAGCAGAGAUCCGCGCAAGGGAGUGGAACUGCUGCGCAGAGCGGCGCAGGCCAAGCAUACGCUGGCCAUGGCUGUUCUCAGCAAGUGCUGCGCAGAAGGAACAGAGGGACAGCCGAGAUGCGAAGCGGAAGCGAGAAGGCUCCUAGAUAAGGCAGCGAAUCUAGACUGUGACGUGGCGGGGACGCUGAAAGGUCUUGUCUUGUUGCGAGCAAACCCCUCCGACCACCAACUUCAAGUCGCAGAACGCUGUCUAAAGACGAGCGCAAACAGGGGGUUCUAUUUCGCGCAAUUGGCCCUCGGGAUGCUCAGGGAUUUUGAGUCUAGGAUGGAAAUGGCACUGGAGAAGUGGGACCGAACCUGGCAGUGCCAUUCCAGCUGCACUGCUGCUGCUGCUGCUGCUGCUGCUGCGGUACCUAGGAGAGGGCCGUCCUCAAACAACGAUGGCCAGGAGAACGACACCCCGGGGCACUGGUACUCAAUGGCGGCCAAAAACAGUCGCGUCUUUGACAUAGAGAUAGCUAGCUACCUGUACGGGUCACACUUCGACAGGCUUAAAUGGUGCUUGCUGUACUUCAUUGAGGGACAACCGCUCCUCCCAAUGGCAAGGCCGAAGGCAGUGACAAGACAGCCGUCACUCGAUCCGGCCAAGCUCUGCAGAGAGAUCACACAAGUCUGCGAGGUCGGACUGCACGAGGAGGCAGGGAUGUGCUCAGGGGAGGCAAUGCUGAACAAGUGGGCCAAGGAGGGCAAAGGCCGACUGGUAGAUUAUCAUCUAAACCUCACAGGGUUCUUGAAAGCCGCUUACGAUCAGGUGGUAUCUGGCCUUGCGACUGGGAACUCCACUGGCAUAGCCGACCUUUUGCGUGAGGCGUGGGAACACUGGGAAAGCCUGCAUUCGUCACAUCUGCUUCUUGUCCUCGGCAAGCGAGGCUUGAAGCGCCUAUGCAAAAUUUAUCAUGUGCCCAGCUUCGUAAGCUCGCCGUUACUGAUCCUGGUUGAUAGGCUGACGGAGGCAAACGACCAGAAGCGGAUCAAGGUAGUAGUGAAGAACAUGUACUCUCUGGCAGAUCGUGUCAACGACAUUGGCUUAUACUUAACCCUUCUCAGAGAGGAACAGAUCGCCAACAUGGACAUAGUCAUGCCACUGGUCUUCCCGAAACAGCUCGGCGGAGAAGCCGGGCUGGGCAGACGAUUGCAGCAAGCAUGCCAUGGCCUCGUAAGGGUGGUUCGGCAAUCGAAGAGAAGGAGGAACUCGUCGACAUUGUUCUCACCCCUUCCCGGGUCUGACAGAGGUAUUGCCGCACUGGCGAUGGCGGAUGCCCUGCACGUGCUCGAUGCAAUCACAAGCGUGCUGGUGGAAAUCAACGGCGGGGACGAUGAAUACGUCGUCCUCCGACGGCCUGUCAGAUACAGCAGCAUCAUUCAGCGGGUCCUACUCACAGUGCUGCAGAAGUCUCGAACUUCCAAUCACGACGUUUCGGAUUAUUUUGGCGUGCCUGGGGUACUGGUGUCUUAACUUAAAGGCCGACGCUCAUUUCUCUAGGGGAUGUGAUGUUCUGUGACAGUCAUUCUCACUUCCACACUCUUACACCGUGUCGACGACCUAACCGAAGG